AUGUGCGCGUACUGCACGCUGUCGCGCAAGACCUGGGAGGCCGAAUUUCCGGGGUUCGAGUUGAUGGCCAAUUUCAAGGUCUUUUCCCUAGCGAACGGUUCACAGACGCCGCCAGACUGUAGCUCCAUGCUGGAGGUUUUGGCCAAGGCCAUCUGCGUGCAUUUUCCAACGCUGAGGAUGGAGUACGAUGACUUCCGUCCUCUGGCGGCGAAGUUGGCCAAGAAGGAGGGCCUCAGUAACUUCGCUGCCUGGAAGAGAUCCCUGGAGGUGACAACGAGGCAGAGGGCGAGCCACCCAGCGACAGCCUUGUUGCCAGUCCUGGCCCGGUAUGGCUGCUGGUCAUCGUCUACCUCGAGUGUGGAGCGGGGUUUCUCCAUGGCGCAGCAGGCCAAAAACCCAGGGUGCUCGCAGGAUCAGCACGUCGCGCGAGAGGAAGACGUGCUCAUCCUGAACCAGGACGUUAUCCCAAAGAUGACGGACAAGGUGCAAACAGAGCUGUGCCAAGCUGCCGCGUGCGUCUGGCGAGAGACUUGCAGCCGUGUUCGCGCCAGUGGCGUGAAGAAGCGCGCCGAGCGGUCGCCGAAGACUGGAGAGGCAGGCUUCCUGAAGAAGCGGGCGGACGCCACCGAUGCCCUCGUGCAUGCCGACACUCCCGGAGUGGCGCCCAUUGGGGUGGAUGCCGUCAGCGACGUGUUUGCGGAGGGUCACCGCAAAGAGCUGCGCUUCAUCGGUGAGAAGCUCCAGAAACGUAAGCUGGAAGCAUACCUGCAAGGCCACUUGCCUGACCGGUGCAUCAAUGAAGACUUGCAGACGGAAGCAGAAGCUCACAAGGGCAAGCUGCAAAAAGCGCAGCGUGUGCGCAACAACCACCAUCGACUUGCGCAGCGGCGGACACUCUGCAAGGAGGACUUUCU